ACGAUGUUACUUGUCAGCAUUUGUUAAACAAUGAUUUUCAUGAAUUGUCUUCGUUAGCAUCUUUCAUUGGGUACUCAGGAGGCUCCCCAUGGCUGCUCAUAUCGGUGUGCCUCACCCACGGCACCCACCCCUCAUUUGCUUUUUCUGUUCUGGUCUAUUUUACUUUCGUUUCAAGGUGGUGUUGAGGGUUUCCUUUAACCACAUGCGACAGUCACAUCCACACAGUUAAAGAAGCCCGCCAUCGCAUACCACAGUGGUGUGAAAUUGUACAUGGUUCCAGACAAAUCAUUUAAAAGGGAUGGAUGAAAUGAGCAUGUGCAGGAGUUUCAAUGGGCUACACUACUGGCUGAUACCUGCAGUGCUGUUCGCGUGUUUGUCUUCCCUCUUGAGAACGCGAAAGAAUGCCCUCAACCACACAGUUCCUCUGCGUCAAAGAUUCAGCCUUCCACUGCCUCUGAAGCUCCUCAGCACCCACAGUGAUCGAUGGAGCUUUGCUGUAGCCUUUGGAGCCCUCUUCAGCAUGUUCCUGGAGAGGCUGAUUGGACCAGAAGCAGUCGACUGCCUUUAUUAUGAGGUCCCCCUGUGGAUCAUAGGUUUGAUACAAGUCCUCUCUGCCCUGGAAAUAUCAGUGGUACACUACCCUAUCUUCACAUGCCUCACUCAGGAGAACAGUGCCCUUGCAAACCUGCUGGGCUUUGUCUAUACCCUGGCCUGGUUUAUCUAUCAGAUUGUGAUGACUGUUUCUAGCCCUCCUGAUCAGAGGGCUGUUUUCCCAUUUUCAUUCCAGGGGAAUGACAAUAGGAGAAUGAGGUGGUACCACAUACUCCCCUCUCUGCUGUGCACGGCCUUACUUGUCCUGUACUUCAUCUUCUUCUUCUUCAAACUGAUGCUCCUCAGGCAGAGAGGACAGCCACAGGAGGAGGAAGGCAGGCCCAUCGCUCUGGCGCACCAUACGGAGUAUGUGAAACGCCUGCUGCGUCCCAAGGUCCCAGAGCCUCCUGGGAAGAAGAACUGGUUUCAGAGACGUCUGUACAAGUGGGAUGCUUGUUUCCGUUUUCCAGCCCGAAUGCUCAUUAUGGUGGCAAUGGCCCUCACUGGGGUCUACAGGAUUGCAUUUGCAGAAAGAAUUGCUGAUAAAUUAAUGGCAAUGACUGCAUACAGAGAUUUUACAGAGUUUGCAGUGAUAUACGGACUUAUCACCGCCUUCACUGUCUUGGCCAUCAUCAUUCACAUCUGUCGAAUUAUGGUGCAGUACAGGGUCCAGAUGAGGAGACUGUACAAAGGAGACCGGGCCGACCUGCCGCGAAAGCUCCCAGCAACAGAUGUUGCCGUGGCGAGGAGCAUGUCAUACAUCGGGUUGCAGUUGACCUUCAUCUGCUUGGGAAUGCAGAUUUUGUCUGUGUUUAUCUCUGUGGUAGCUUUUUUAAUCAUCUUUCCUUUUGUGGUGGGGACGCUGAUUUUCUUCAAAGAGUUUGCAUACAUACUGUUGGCCGCUCUCCCGAUCCUGCUCAUGGCCUUCCUUCUGAGGAGGCUUGUAGUGCGUCGUUUCUUCCUCCAGGACAAACUGGACCCCAACGACACUCAGAAGCCCCUCGCCUUUAAAAACACCCAAGCCCUGGAGAACGCUCGCUACUUCACCCUGUCCUUCUUCAUGAUUAAGGGUGCGAUUGAAUUUGCUGCCCAGUUGUUGAUCAGAAUCGUACUGGGUGGCCUGAACCUGGCCCGGAUUGACUCGACCACCAACCCAUCUAACCAGGGGGGCCUGCUGGACACUGCGUAUUUGACCUGGGUAUCGGUGCUGAUGGUGGAUUCCGCUCACACCAACCCAACCGCUCUCAACUUCUGUCACCUCCUGGUGCAGUCCAGCCAGCCCGACCCUGGGGUGAACACCAAAUUGCGCACAACUGCAAGGACAGCGGCUGGAGCCAGGCGCAGGUGGUGGCUGGCCUACACCCUGCUCAGAAACCCGGGCCUGGUGGUAGUCCGCAGGCAGGGGGUCGUCCUGCCCGUCACACCCACUGCCCCGCCCGCAGCGAUGAUCAUGCUGGAGCCCUGAGUAGUCGCCUGCGUCGUACUCCUGCACUCCUUUGGAAACUUCUAGAACUAGUAGCUCCUUCUUGCCCAUUUUGGUAUUCCUGCUUCGGGUGGUCGUUGGCCACAGGUUUCACAGAUCUCUACUGCAUGGCUGAUUCCCUUCACCUUUCCCCCAGUGUCAGCCCAUCCACAUGCUGUAAAGAUCAGUGAACCUGAGCAGAAUGACUUGCUCUCUGCCCUUUCUUCGAGAACAGGGAUCUCACGCUAUUCUUGUUCAGUUCCGCCCCCAGUCUGCUUCUGUCAGCAGCUCUUUGUGUGUGAGCACCCCGUUUAGUAGUAGUUUACAAUUUUAGUGAAUUAGGCCUGGCAUGUGUUUGUGUGUGUUGCCUGCAAACAGUAGUCAUUAAAGCAGGGAUCAAAAACUCCAGUUCAGGGUGGCAGCAGUGCCUGCCAGGAUUUUGUGGUUUCCAAUCGGCAGCCAUUUUUUGUAAACAAGGUGUGAAUGGCAAUCAGUGACUCAAAGUGCUUAAGUACUGCGUACCAAAAAACUAGCAUAUACUUUGGCUGCCCAAGACUGGAGUUUGAGAUCUGUCCUUAAGAACAUUGCAUACUAUUGGGCAUGCUCGAUGUACCUUUCCGGGGAAAAAUGGUGAGACCCAUGUGAAAAUACAGCUGUUUUUAUGAGGCAUUGGAACACGCAACAUCGUUUUUUCCAGUGAGACAGUCUCAUAAGUAAAUUACAGACUUGGUAUUCAAACUGCCGUUCCAAACCAGCCACACUGGUGCUUUCAUAAGAAACCAAUUCUUUGGUUCUGCUUAUAAAUAUGUUUGAUAGUGACAGAAAUUCCCUGCUCUGUCUUCUCCAUAUUGCUUGUUUGUCUUGUGGCGUGUUCACGGGUAGUUCUGAUUGGUGAGGUGAAGUUUUGGUGCGCGAAAACAAGAACACCCAUUGUUUCUUUAUAAAAUUAGAAGUCCUGCUUCAGUUUUGAACUGUUUUUCAAAAUAUUUUAAUAAAAAAUUUUUAUAAGGUU